AUGGCACGACGGAAGCCGCCGGCGCAGCAUGGAGCCCGGAGCGAGGACGGCCAAGCCCAGUCGACGGCGCCGCCGCUGAAGCGGGGGCCGUGGACGGCGGAGGAGGACGAGGUGCUGGCGCGGUUCGUGGCGCGGGAGGGGGAGGGGCGGUGGCGCACGCUGCCGCGGCGGGCGGGCCUGCUGCGCUGCGGCAAGAGCUGCCGCCUGCGGUGGAUGAACUACCUCCGGCCGGACAUCAAGCGCGGCCCCAUCGCCGAGGACGAGGAGGACCUCAUCCUCCGCCUCCACCGCGUCCUCGGCAACCGGUGGUCGCUGAUCGCCGGGAGGCUGCCGGGGCGCACGGACAACGAGAUCAAGAACUACUGGAACUCGCACCUCAGCAAGAAGCUCGUCGCCCAGGGCCUCGACCCGCGGACGCACAUGCCGCUCGCCGCUGCUCCCGGCAAGACGGCAGCUCCUACCGACAAGAAGACGGCGGCGCCGACGGUCAGACCGCCGCAACCUCUGCCCCCGCCAGCGCUUGUGCUGCCGACCUCGUCUGCCGCUGGAACUGGACGCGACGGCCGUGACAACCCAGGCGACGGAGGCAAUGACGACCUCGCCGCGGCGAUGAGCGUCGACGCCCAUGACUUCGAAGGUUUCGGUGAUCAGCUUCUCGCCGACUACGCUGCUUCCCGCGGAGUCUUCAACGACGUGAUGGGGUGUCCAAUGGUGGACGACGACACCUUCACCUCGUUCCUCGAUUCCUUGAUGAAUGAGCGCCAGUUGGCUGCUGAUCACAAGGUUGGCGCUAUCUAG